AAAUUGUAUUGUAACGAAUGGUAUCCAGCUGCUGACCAACUGGUGUUCGUAUUCAUGGCGUCCCUUUCAGAGGCAGAAGAAGCAUUGCGAUCAACGAAGCAAAAAUCUAAUUUUCAGCGCUUGACAAGGCUUCUGAUGCGCGGUGGUGCAGUGCUUUUAAGAGAGGUAUUCGACUCCAUUCACAGCCCCGCCAACCUUCCCACAACGCUGAGUGACCCUUCAGUAAAAGGACAGCUGAGGAGAGCUAGACUUACCAGUCCAGAGUGGAAUUGUUUGAGCCCUUCCCCAGGGGUAUACGGAAAGUCGAGUGAUUUUGAUAUCAGUUUAAUCUUCAAGCUGCUGAGAACAAUAUGCAACUUGACCACUCCCCCCACAGGAUGGGACAGCCUACCAAACGACUUCGACCAUAGCCUUGAAGCAGACCUGGCACGAAUAAAAUAUUAUCGCAAUGAAGUUUAUGGUCACAGCAACAAUUUGGAAAUUCCUGAUGAACAGUUUCUUGACCUCUGGGGGAAAAUCAGUGAAGCGCUGUUGAGGAUUGCAGCACACCUUUGCCCCGAAAAACAAAACAACUGGAAAGAUGCCAUGGAGAAAUUCCUACGUGACCCUUUAACGCCAGAGGAAGAAAGAUACGCCGAAGAACUAGAGCUAUGGUACCAAAAAGACAUCGACAACACAAAAGUGUUACGAGAACUUGUUCAGGAAGUCAGAGAACUACGGGAGGACACAAGAGAUCAGCAAGACGGUCAGUUUAAGAUUCAACUUUUAAGUUAUUAAUCUUUUCGCCUUGGCUACGGGUCGAAUCUGAUUUCGGGUAAAUAUUGAACGAUUAAUAUUAAUCAAUGCUUUUCUCAAGCGACUUUGUUUUCAUGUAAGUGAUUUAGUUCGCAAUUAAUGAAAAGGUAGAUCUUUGCACAUCAGAUACCUCGUCUUGGAAAGUCUAACCGAUCCUGUCAGAUUUGCAGACAUCACUUUUGGGAAAAUCCCACUGCCACUUUUGGGAAAAUCCCACUGCCAAUUUCGCUAUUCACCUAAUACCCUUUCGCAGAGUCUGGAAGUACAUUUUCGGGAUCCGGAAUUUGACUAACAUUCGCUGCGGGAUUGGCGACAGCGCAAAAUAUCUUAACGGGAUUUGACUGCUACAUCAAAAUGUGGGCGCAGGAUGCGGGAUUUAUUGCCAGUCUGUCGGGAAGUCGCCCUAGCGGCAAAUGCGAAUCAAACAGGCGAGCAUUCAGUGGUGUCUCCUAUGAAAGCAAACAACAAAACUUGAUAGAGAAAAGAAAAAAUUUAGGAAAGAUCGAGAGCAAUAAAAGAGGAAUGCAGUCUAAAUCUUUGCGGUAAAUUGUUAUACUAGCACUACUAGGACCCCUUGACUGGGCGACUUGUAGCAAAAUCCAUAAAUUCAAGACAUUAUGAAAUGAAGUUGAGUGUUACAUGAAUUUCUUUAUUUAUGGCUGCCAUGAAUGUUUGCGCAUAAGUAUCUUAUGUUCAAAGUGAACUGUACUCAUUGAAGAUUAAUCAAUGGCUCUAUCGAUUUUCCAACAGCAAUGCUUCGGCUUGGGAUGGUCAUCGAAAGCUUCGUUCAGUAUGGAGUGGUGGUCGCCCCUGGUGAAAUGCACAGAAACCAACAGGAAAUUCCAGCAGAGGUAGACUUAUGGAACGUUAUCGUAGCUUUCGAACACCCUUUCAGAUUACUUUUUGGAUAUCUAGGGAAUACUUUGAGUGCCUUUAUUGAAGACAUUGAACUGGGAAGUCUAUCGAUAACUGUUAAAUGUAGCUCACUGCAGAUCCUUGAAGGAUUGUGGGAAGAUUACGUCAGUGGUCACCUUAAUCAAGUGGUUCAAGAAACGCUGGUGACAAAUGAGGUCUUGGAAAACCUUGGCCUCGAUGACGUGAAGCUGAAAGUGUUCAUUUCUGAGGAGGAGUAUCGAAACGGAAAACGGAUCCUCACGGCCGAGAAUUCAGGUUUGCACUGUCUUCGGAGACCCAGGGGCAGAUAGUGGAAGCGAGGAAAAGUCUAAAUGGGGGGAAGAAAUUGAUGCGAAGAAAAGUAAAGAAUGUUCUUUACUUUUCUUCCCGCCAUUUUUUCCUGCCCGUUUAUAGACUUUGACUUUCCCCCACUAUCUGCCCCUGGGUCUCCGAGGAUGGCUUUGUACAUAUGCAUGGGAAUUCCGUAACUGGGCGUGACCUUUAGAUUGUUUUAAGUAAUANCAACAGCAAUGCUUCGGCUUGGGAUGGUCAUCGAAAGCUUCGUUCAGUAUGGAGUGGUGGUCGCCCCUGGUGAAAUGCACAGAAACCAACAGGAAAUUCCAGCAGAGGUAGACUUAUGGAACGUUAUCGUAGCUUUCGAACACCCUUUCAGAUUACUUUUUGGAUAUCUAGGGAAUACUUUGAGUGCCUUUAUUGAAGACAUUGAACUGGGAAGUCUAUCGAUAACUGUUAAAUGUAGCUCACUGCAGAUCCUUGAAGGAUUGUGGGAAGAUUACGUCAGUGGUCACCUUAAUCAAGUGGUUCAAGAAACGCUGGUGACAAAUGAGGUCUUGGAAAACCUUGGCCUCGAUGACGUGAAGCUGAAAGUGUUCAUUUCUGAGGAGGAGUAU